UCUGCUUUCAUUCUCCAGCUGUGUGCUCGUCCACUGGACUGGCUCCCUUCUUCCCGCGCUUUGCACUCUGUGCUCCAUCCAGCCACCACCUAUAAAUAUGCGCCCGCAAAUCCGCCAUUCGCAUCCCAAACCCACUCGAGACCCAACUCAGUCAGAACGACCAAAGAUCUUCAAGCUAAGCAACCGAGAGCUGAUAAGAAGAAGAUGUGUCCGAUCAAGAAGGAGAUGAGCGCCGAGUCAACCUCGCCGUGCAGCUGGGCAUCGGCCUCGACCUCGACCUCGUCGGAGCACCACCAGACUGUGUGGACGUCGCCGCCGAAGCGGCCGGCGGGGCGGACCAAGUUCCGGGAGACGCGGCACCCCGUGUUCCGCGGCGUCCGGCGCCGGGGCAACGCCGGGCGGUGGGUGUGCGAGGUGCGCGUGCCGGGGAGGCGCGGCUGCAGGCUCUGGCUCGGCACGUUCGACACCGCCGAGGGCGCCGCGCGGGCGCACGACGCCGCCAUGCUCGCCAUCGCCGGCGCGGGCGCGUGCCUCAACUUCGCCGACUCCGCGUGGCUGCUCGCGGUCCCGGCCUCGUACGCCAGCCUCGCCGAGGUCCGCCACGCGGUCGCCGAGGCCGUGGAGGACUUCCUGCGCCGCGAGGCGCUCCCGGAGGAGGAGGAGGACGCGCGGUCGGCCGCGUCGUCGGCGCCUUCCUCCCCCGCCGCCAGCGUCAAGGACGAGGUCUCCACCGACGGGGAGGAGUCCUCGCCGUUCGAGCUCGACGUGUUCGAUGACAUGAGCUGGGACUUGUACUACGCGAGCAUGGCGCAGGCGAUGCUCAUGGAGCCGCCGUCCGCGGUCCCGGCGUUCGGCGACGACGGCUACGCCAACGCCGGCGAUGUGGCACUGUGGAGCUACUAGAACUGAAGCCGUUGUUAGUUUGUAGUUCGAAUUUUGCAUUUUCUUUCUUUCUCUUGGCUACCGAUCCCAACUUUUGGGACCGUAAUGAUAGUGGUUAGUGGUUACUACUUGUGGCAAUGAAACAGAGCGAGUUGGGAAUAGGAAAACAGAGCAUGUCAUGCCCUUGACGCUUGACUUUCCGACACUUUCUGCACCUAACGGCUAACGAGCAGCAGCCUUCACAUAAAA